GCGAGUGGAAUAUACACGGCUUUGAACGGAAAAAGCAGGCGCUGCUGGGACUCGAGCGUUUUUAGUGGCAGGAUUGUGUUUAUUUGUAUCGUAUGAUCCGGAUCGUAUGGAUUGAAGAUUGGAGAUUUAUCUUUUUUUUAUUUUAUCUUAAUUAAUUUGAAGCUGGAAUGGGCAGAGAUUAACGUUAGUUAAGAAAGAAAAGUUCCUCACGAGUCGGAUUUUUUGAGUUUUUGCGUAAUUAAAAACUAAUUAUCCGUUUUCAUAUCGGAUUGAAGAGGUUUGAUAGACUGGAUCUGAAUCUAAUGAGCUGACAGCAGGACUGAGAUGGAUCCUGUUUCCUGGAUUAUUCCUGUGUUCUGGUUCUGGUUCUGGUUCUGGACUGGAUUCACAUCAGCAGAGGAAGAGGUGCUGAUGAACACGAAGCUAGAAACAUCUGAUCUCAGAUGGACCAGCUACCCUAGCAGUGACCCUGAGUGGGAGGAGAUGAGCGGUUUGGAUGAGGAGGGCAACAGCGUCCGCACCUUUCAGAUCUGCCCCAUGGACACGUCAGUGAGUCACUGGCUGCGCACGCGCUUCAUCCCGCGGCGCGGAGCGACUCAGGUGUAUGUGGAGAUCCGCUUCACUGUGAUGGAGUGUUCGGCCAUGCCUUCCAGCUUCCGCACCUGCAAAGAGACCUUCAACCUGUACUAUUACCAGAGCGACGAGGACACGGCCAGCAGCACACACCCCGCCUGGAUGGAGAACCCCUACAGCAAGGUGGACACAGUCGCGGCUGACUUCCUGUUGCGUCGCGGCGGAGAGAGGAAGUCUAACGUGAAGACGGUGCGCGUGGGUCCGCUGUCGAAGAAGGGCUUCUACCUGGCGUUCCAGGCUCAGGGCGCGUGUAUGGCCCUGCUCUCCGUCCGCGUCUUCUUCAAGAAGUGCCCCGCCAUCACCCGCGCCUUCUCCUCCUUCCCCGAGACGCUCCCUCACUCGCUGGUGCAGCAGGCCGAGGGCGUGUGCGUCACAAACUCCGCCCCCACAGGCCAAGCCCCGCCCACCAUGUUCUGUGGGGAGGACGGCCAGUGGGUGGGGCCUCCGUCCUCCACCUGUGAGUGUAAACCGGGGUUCGAGCCGGUGGACUCCGACCACUGCAGGGCGUGCGGAUCGGGUCAGUAUAAAGCGUCUAUCGGUGGGAGUUUGUGUCGUGUGUGUCCAGACAACAGUAACACACACUCUCCUGGAUCCAGUGUGUGUUUGUGCCGCCCUGGAUUCCACCGCGCCGCCAACGACCUUCCUGAUUCAUCCUGCACCAGACCGCCGUCGGCUCCGCGCAGCAUUGUCUAUCAGAUCAAUGAUACGGUGGUGACGCUGGAGUGGUCAGAGCCGCUGGACCGCGGCAGUCGCUCGGAUCUGUCCUACAGCAUGGAGUGUGUGCGCUGCAGAGGCUCUGGCUGCGUCCCCUGCGCAGACAGUGUCUCCUACAGGCCGGGGCAGGUGGGUGUGACCGGGAGGCGGGUCAUCAUCCACGGGCUCCUCCCACACACCACCUACACCUUCACCGUCAUCUCCCAGAACGGAGUGAGCGCUGUCAGUCACACAAGCCCCGCCUCCAGCUCCGUCAACAUCACCACCAGCAGAGACGUGGCCGUUCCAGUGUCCGGCAUCAGGAGGACUAUAGCGUCUGAGAGCAGUGUCUCCAUCAGCUGGACGGUUCCUCCACAGACGCAGCACAACAUUCUGGAGUAUCAGCUGCGCUACAGUCUGAAGGAUCAGGAUGACGGAUGGCAGUACAUCAGCAGUAAAAGCAACUCGGUGGUUCUGAACGAUCUGACCCGUGCGUCACAGUACCAGGUGCAGGUCAGAGCCAGAACCGCAGCGGGAUACGGACACUUCAGCCCCGCCGCCAACAUCAGCACACUACCUGACGAUGAAGAAUCUCCAUCGCGGCUGUUGCUCACUGGUGUGCUGGUCACUAUAGGACUGCUCAUUCUCAUCACCGUGGUGAUCGUUGCCGUGUUCUGCUUCAGGCGCUCCAGCCGCACACGGUAUCCGGACCCGGAUAAGAGCUGCCAGUUCCUGAUGGGUCAGGGGGUUAAAGUGUACAUCGAUCCGUUCACAUACGAGGAUCCGAACGAGGCGGUGAGGGAGUUCGCUAAAGAGAUCGACGUGUCGUUUGUGAAGAUCGAGGAGGUGAUCGGUGCCGGUGAGUUCGGUGAGGUGUGUCGCGGCCGGCUCAAGGUUCCCGGGAAGAAAGAGAACUAUGUGGCCAUUAAGACCCUGAAGGGCGGCUACACAGACAAGCAGAGGCGGGACUUCCUGUCUGAGGCGUCAAUCAUGGGUCAGUUCCACCAUCCCAACAUCAUUCACCUGGAGGGAGUGAUCACAGCUUCCUGUCCCGUGAUGAUUCUGACCGAGUACAUGGAGAACGGGGCACUGGACUCCUUCCUGCGGCUGAAUGAUGGUCAGUUCACGCCCAUCCAGCUGGUGGGGAUGCUGCGUGGGAUUGCGUCCGGUAUGAAGUACUUGUCGGAGAUGAGUUAUGUUCACCGGGAUCUGGCGGCGCGUAACAUCCUGGUCAACAGUAACCUGGUGUGUAAGGUGUCUGACUUUGGCCUGUCCAGAUUCCUGAUGGAGAACUCGUCUGACCCCACAUACACCAGCUCGCUGGGCGGGAAGAUCCCGAUCCGCUGGACGGCUCCUGAAGCCAUCGCCUUCCGUAAGUUCACCUCGGCGUCAGACGUCUGGAGCUACGGCAUCGUCAUGUGGGAGGUGAUGUCGUUCGGAGAGAGACCGUACUGGGACAUGAGCAACCAGGACGUGAUCAAUGCCAUC